AGAUUCUGCAAAGCUUAGGGAACGUAAACUGAACGGUGCUCUGGCAGGUGAACAAGUCACAGCACCCCUCCAAGAGCGUCGCAGCGCCCCGUCGCUCGAAGACAUGCGAAAUCAGUCCAGCCUGUCCGAUCGUCUGACCGUUGAAGUUGAUUGUUCGUCCCUGGGCUCCAACGAGUGCCCGUCUAUGACCUCGAGCUUCUCGCCGCUCGAGUCUCCUACACCAACUCCAACAAGUAUAUAUAGCCAGGGCUCCCUGGAAUCACCCGGUUGGCACGGAGCAGGAUCACUCCCCAACAACACGUACGAACGAACUCCUGGUUCUGCUUCGAUGCGCAGUGCCUUUCGCCUAGCAGGUAUGGCGUCCACGGAGAGUCUGGGACUUCCAUACGGUAGCAUGGAAGGGCAGGAACGAAUGCCUAUGCCCGACUUUCUCUCUGGAUACGAUGAGAAUAUUGAACAACUGUGGAUGCCCUCAGAAGCACCCAAGUCUUAUGAUCAUGUCGCUCAAGGACUCGCUUACCAUCAAGGCAUGCAUCAGUACCCAACCAUGGCGCGCAACACCAACAACAACUACCGUCACCAGGCAGCUGCUUACCUACCAGAGUCUACGACCAAUCCUUGCCUAUCACGGUCAAUAUUCCACCAACCCGAGCGAGUCCCGAGUUCGAUGUCUUCGUCCAUGUCAAUGAAUAACAUGUUGCCAUGGAUGAAUCUUGGGGACUCGAUUGCGCCGCAAACUAUUGCGCCAUCACAAGUUGGCCCAGUUACUCCACCACCAUCAUAUACAGACUUUCCGACCUCUCUUAGUGCAUUCAAACAACAUAGCCCCACUACCCCAAUCAGGUCUUGCUCCCUUGGGACAGGGUCAGGGGCCGAUACCCCGCUGAGCCGGCUUUCAGGGGGGCCGUGCGAAUACAUGGACGAUUUCCAGCCCUCGCCAGUCUACCGCGACGGGUUUCAGAGGCCGCAUCGCGUGGCUUCUAGGAAGAUGCUCCGACGACAGACCUCUAAGCAAAACUUAAUGCUAGAGAACCUACCACAGGUCAUCAAGCAGGUGCAGUUCAAAUGCAAAGAGCCUGGUUGCAACGGCCGGUUCAAGAGGCAAGAACACUUGAAGAGACACAUGAAGAGCCACUCAAAAGAGAAGCCGCAUGUAUGUUGGGUACCAGGUUGUCACCGAGCCUUCUCACGGAGUGACAACCUCAACGCCCACUAUACGAAGACCCAUAGCAAACGGGGUGGUCGCAAUCGAUACGUCGCCACGCUGGACGAGAACAGCCCCGACUACGACCCAGAAUUCCGCGGGCAGCUGACGCCAGACGGGCGUCCUAUCUACGGGUCAAAGCUGGAUGACCCCAUCCCGGGCGCGGGCGAUAUGAGCCUGGACGGCUGGGAUGAAUGA